AUGUACAGCGUGGAGGAUCUUCUGAUUUCUCAUGGAUACAAACCGUCAAGAGAAUCAUGUGAAGACAACCCUGAAGGGCGCCAACGAACAAGGACAAGGACCAGAGGUGCCCGUGGCCUGAUGAAUGGGUAUGAGGAUGGCCCUGUAGCCUUUGAACACAGUCAGUCAUCCCCAGGGACAGGACAUGUGAGUGAUUCUGAAAGCCGCCGCGGCACUCCGAGGGGCCACGGGGAGCGCCCAAGUACUUCUGCUUCUAGAGCUGCUGAGGCCGGGUUUUAUAAUCGACCCACCUUAGCAUGGUCCUCUCAGCCCCAGAUCGGUAACAACCAGGCCUAUUGGAGAAGAGGAGGACAGGAGGUCAGUAGCUUGCUGAGUCCAAGAGACCGGCAAGACCUGGAGGUCAGAGGAAUGGCCCAAGCCCACAGUAUGCCCAUCCACGUGAGGGAGGGUUCAUGGGAAGUCGGAGGAAGGACAGAGGACGUGAUGAAGAAGGCAGUUUGGGAAGAAGAGUUGAGGAUGUCGGGUCCUGCCAAGUGGCAGAACGUAAGCCUGGAAAGCUGGAACCAGCCAAGGAAGUUAGGGAAGCAGAUGUCUGAUGGUGAUGGGGAGAAGUUGUUUCAAGAGCUGUACCCAUUCAUUCAAGGUGAACAUGUGUUGACUUCUCAGAACAAAAAGAAAUCCCGGUCAUUGCCUCGAGGCCUUUCCCCUGAUAGCCUGAGCUGCAUGGAAAUUCCCAUUCCAUUAAGUGAUGGACAUGUACCAGAUAUUCCUUUGAUAUCACCGUAUGCUCCAAAUUGUGUGCCACAUUUGGAGUCCACAAGGAACCCUGAGAAGGGUGGCUCCCUGACCCCUUUUUCCCGGCCUAAAUUUGGGAGACCCCUCAAGCCUCCAUUGUAUGGCUCACACCAGCAGACCAGAGGAGAGAACAGCGACUUUCAGGGCAGCCAGCAAACGGACCCCCACGGUUCCUACCUGACCAAAACUAAUGACUCCAGGCAUGAGCUCAGCAUGUCAGAUUCUGGCUUGGAGCCUCCAGUUUAUGUGCCUCCGCCUUCAUACAGGUCGCCCCCCCAGCAUAUCCCAAACCCCUACCUGGAAGAUACAGCACCCAGACACGUGAGUAGUGAACACAGUCAACCGCCACAUCUGACUGAGAAGCCUGGGGCCAGUUGUCCACGUCCUUCUGGUGUCAUUGGAACAGGGAGUGAGUACAGCACGAGCCCUGGCUCUCCUCGAGGGCUCCCUCAGUUCCCCAGUCCUGUCACUGCCCAUGAAAGCUCUGUUCAGUACAUCCCCUUUGAUGAUCCACGGAUACGACAUAUUAAACUAGCUAAACCCAUGGGUUUCUGUGAAGAGAUGAAGCUUGAUGAUAGACCAUAUCACUCUGGUCCCGUUACUGCCCAAGAGCCAGCUCAUGGGAAAAUGAAAUGCGAUGGUGCCCUUGUGAAUGCACAGGGCCCAAUACCCCUGUCGGAGAAUGAGAGGAGCCUGGCCUUUGCUGAUCCCAGCCCCCGGUGGCUCUGGGGCCAGCGCCCUGGGAGUGGGGAAGAUGGAAGCUUCUCUGACCAGAGAGAUCCCAGCGUUGUAAGAGAACAGUGGACUGGCAUAAGAGGAGGCCAGCAUGGACGUGAGGAAGGCCAGGUUUCCUCCCCAGACCCACAGAGUGAAAGUACCUGGGAAAUCCAAACCAAACUCAGAAAGUUUGAAACUGGGAUCCAGACCAAGAAAACUUCAAAGAAAAAAAUGAACGAGACUAUAUUUUGUUUGGUUUCCAUCCCAGUUAAAUCAGAAUCACAUCUGCCAGAUAUAGAUACGAACAACAAUGACUUAAAACAGAGUGCUGAUAAAAAGCACAGGGUUGAUAAGAGCACAGCUCUGCAGGAACAAAGUCUGUUGAGCACGUCUUCCACUGACCUGGAGCUGCAAGCUCUCACAGGAAGCAUGGUCGGGAGAGCAGAGUUCACAAAACACGAUCUGAGGGAACCAGAAGAAGACAGACAAACACAUGACCUCAGAUUUAUCCACCUUGCAAAACACAGAGAGUUCAAGUAUUCUAGCCCGUGGCCAGGGCAUCAAUACAAAGAUCAGCAAACUCAAACCAGUUUCUCUGAAGAAUCCCAAAGAUCCCAGCUCCUUCCUGAUGAAAACCUGGGAGGGACGAGUAACACAGCACCAGCCCCCAAAUCCAUAGAACCCCCUGCCUCCAGAGCUCUCUUGCACACAGCAUUAGUGUCUGGUGACCAAAAGCAGAACCCAGAUGCUCAUAACCUAAAAGGUCAAAUGUCCCUCAGCCCAUCUAGCAAUAGUGCUUUCUCAAGGACUUCCUCAUCUGUGAAUCAGGCACCUGUGCCAAAAGUGGGCCAGAGUCAGCCUUGUGUGGUUGUCCAAGAACAUGAAGCCCACCCUGCACCUAAGCCUGAGGUGGUGAAGGGGGAACCCAUGGCGGGCCCCUGCAACAGUAAACAGCCAUUUGGUCAGUUUCUCUUGAAACCAGUUAGUCGUCGACCUUGGGAUCUGAUCAGUCAGUUAGAAAGUUUCAACAAGGAGCUUCAAGAAGAGGAAGAAAGCUACAACAGCAGCCUUGAGGAAAGUGAGACCGAACAGCAGCAGGAAGACUACGCUGACUCCAGACUGAGGAACCAGGGCUUCCGUGAAAACAAGGAGCAGCAGCCGGGGGUGGCGGCGUCAGAGGACCCAGGGUUUCAUUUGGGAAGAAUUAUAAGUAGAUUUGAGAGCUGGAGCGAGGAACCAAAUCCUGGCCACCCCUGUGCCCGUCCUCAAUUCCCAGGCCCUGUGCAGGUGGAAGAUGGCAGAAUUGGCGCUUUCCAGUUGGCAGAUGGAGGCCUACUUACAGAGAAGCAAUGCCAAAAGGUUGUAAAUGGAAUGAAUGAGCUGCUAAUCGGCCCAGGUCCUGUGAAAAGAAUGAUGUCUUCAAGACCAAGUGACACAAAACCAGCACCUCUGUCCUAUCUGGCUGAAUCUAAAAAGCCACCAGAAAGUCUGAAACUCACCAAUGCUCUAAGUUCUGUGCAGCUGAACAAAGGGGUCUCUCCGGAGAAUGAUGGUAAAGAGAAGGGCACAGAGGUCCCACUGUCCCUUACUGUCAAAAAUCGAGGCCUCUCAGCACCAGACUUACGGUCUGUGGGGCUCACAAUGGGGCAAGAACAGAAUGUCAGUAAGUUAGAUGGAUCUUUGGGUAAAGGAAGAGCAAUAGAAAUACCCCAAGAGGAGUCCCUGCAGGAGAGGGCAGAAAGGAUUCUGGGCAUUGAGGUGGCUGUAGAGUCUCUCCUGCGGGGCACCAGAGCAGGACAGAGCCAACCACCCAAGUCUGAUGCAAGUGCCUGCAGCCCAGAAUCCUCCAAGGAAAAGUCUCUACCCAGCUCAGUGCCAUCAGAUGCACCCCUGAUUACCACUGAUGCCUUCUAUGGCAGGAGAAAGUGUGGCUGGACGGAAAGCCCCCUCUUUGUAGGGGAAAGGGCUCCCCAGACUUGUGAGCACUUGAAUGUGGAUGGGGUCCUUACCAGUAAACCCACCAGCCCUGAGCCUCAGCCCAACCAUUUGGAGUCCAAGUCCUUUGAGCCAAAGGAUGUGGGGUCAAAACCACCCUUCAGGUCCACUUUGUUCCAUUUUAUAGAAAGGACCCCAAAUGUGGCAGGCUCAGAAAAGAGGCUCAGAAACCCUUCCAAAGCAAUUGAAAGUUUACAAGAAAAACUGGCAUCCCCCCAGAGGAGGGCGGACCCUGACCGCUUGAUAAGAAUGAAAGAGGUGAGUUCCGUGUCUCGGAUGAGGUGCCUGAGCUUCAAGAACAUAGACUCUGCAGAGGAGGCGGAGGAACUGAAUGUCCCAGGGAGCCAGACCUCGCAGCCAGGAGGACCUGUGUCCCUGAGCAGUGGGGACCGAGCAUGGAGAGCUGGGCACCUGCCCUCUGUCUCCAAGGAUGUCAUCUCUCAGGAAGAAAAUGGGCAUCUGGCAGGUCAGAGGGAGCGGAAGAACGUGGAUCAAGGCUUCUGGUGCCCAGAUUCCUAUGACCCAAGCAGAGUGGAGAGGGUGUGA